UGUUAUCAUAUUAUAUAGUUACCUAUUACUCUGACAGACCGAUAUUAGGUAUUUUGUAUUUCUAAGAGAAAUUUUACAGAAAUAAAAUAUUGUGUUGAUUAGUUUUAUUUGUUGCGAAUCUUGCGAAAAAUAAUCAAGCUAUGUGUUCUGAUGGUGAGACAGUGCGCUCGGCAUUUAGAUUUAUAACCGGAGAUACUGAACAUGUUUGUAGGUUAUGUUUUGCAACUACUACCGAAAAAGAAGUGUUUAUUACAGAAAAUGUAAGACUGCAGCAGCCGUAUUUUGAUGAAACUGUGGCUUUUGCCGACAUGCUGGAUGAUCUUGGAGUCACUAUGGAACCCUACCUACCAGAAGUACUUUGCGGAAACUGUGCAGCUACAGUCAAAAAAUCUUUUCUAUUCAAGAAACUUAUUCAACAUUCAGAUAAUAAAUGGAAUGACCUUAUGGCUAGGUUUUCAAAAACUUUAGAUCUAGCAGACACUGCUGGUCCCAGUGUCGUACUCGCUUAUGUUGUUGUAAGUGACACAGAAAAUGUCAUGUUCACAAGCCGGAAAAAUCAAGAAAAAAUAAACAAGAAGUCUGCUUUGGCAAAGAUAAAAAACAUAAUUAAAAAUCGAGAGAAUUACUGCAAAGUCAAGAAGAAACCAAAGAGUGUUGUCAGAUGUGAGAUUUGCAAGGGGAAAUUCAGCUCAAAUUGCCGUCUUGAGAAACAUUACAAGAAAGCACAUAACAAAACUACCUAUCCUUGUCGACACUGCACCAAAGUGUUUUCAUCAUCAUUGCAUCUUGAAGGACAUGCAGAAAGAAUGCACCUCUCUAAGAAAAUACAAUGUCCCAAGUGUUCAAAAAUGUUUAGUACUGAAAGACUUUUACGAUAUCAUGACAAGUUUCACCACAUCGCUGCUAUUUGCAAACUAUGUUUUGUACAGUUCCCAUCUAGGAAAGAUUUGAGAGCUCACAUGGAUAAACACGAAGUAAAUAAAUGCCCAAAAUGCGGGAAGAGUUUCUUAAACCGACAUACAUUUAAAACUCAUCUGACAAUUUGUGGUGUUACUGAGAAAACUGCCAGAUUUUAUUGUGAUAUUUGUAAAAAGGGUUACGUUCAAAAGAAUGGACUUAAAACUCAUUUGAAGAUAAGUCAUGGGUUUGGACAAACUUUGUCAUGCAACUGGUGUGGGAAAAAGUAUGAUGCUAUAAGCAGACUUAAAAAUCACAUAGUGAAGCAUACCAAAGAGAAAAAUUUCCACUGUGAACAGUGUGGAGGGAAGUUUGUCACUCAGGCCGCACUCACAUAUCAUGCUAGGCUUCACACUGGAGAAAGACCUUUCCCAUGUGAUUUGUGUAAUGAAAGCUUCCUAUCUGCAUCUAGACGUAUGGAACACAAGCGGAGAAAGCAUUUUGAACCAACAAAAGUGUGCCCACUUUGUGAAAUGAAAUUUGUAACCAAGAAUCAGCUUGGAAAACAUUUAAACAGACAUUAUAAUCCUCAUAGCAAAUUAUAUGUGGCCGGUGCCGAUCCUAAAUUAAUUCUAAGGGAUGGAAUAAUCCAGAAAGAGACCACUGGCAACAUAACUGUAAGAUAUAAAAAUGAAUUAUUGUCUUUUGGCCCCCAGCCUGCCAUUGAUAAGGAAUUUAUCUUCAGUUGAACAGUUUUUAACACCGGAAAUAUUCUAUCUCUAUAUUUUGCAUAAAAUGUUAUGUACCAGCAAAAAGUAUUCUUUUCAAUGAUCAUUUUCUUCACAGGGAUUUAGCAACUUAAGACUGUAUAACUAUUAGCAUGCUUGUGGUUAUUAAGUAAAAUAUAUACACAUGAUAUUAA